AUGAAGCUCUCAAUUAGCCUCCUAGGCUACUCAUCCAGCCUCUUCACCGUCUCUCACGCCUCAGCCUUCAACUGGGACGCCAUAACACCAACAUGGGACCUCCGCUACACCCAAUGCUACUCCAAAUUCGAGUGUGCCCGCAUCCUCAUGCCCCUAGACUAUCUCAACACCACCGACAACCGCACCGUCGCCAUCGCCGUCCUCAAAGUCCCAGCGACAGUGGACGUCACUGACCCAGCAUACGGCGGCACCCUCAUGGUCAACCCCGGCGGGCCAGGGGACUCUGGAAUCGUGCACAUGCUCAAGAACGGGCGCUACAUCCAGCACCAGAUUGACGGGCACAAGCACUACGAGGUAUUGUCCUUUGAUUUGCGCGGCGUGGCAUACAGCACCCCCCGUGCGGACUGCUAUUCCAACGAGGCGGCACGAGAGGCAGCGACAUGGCAGAGCCGUGGGCUAGGAGAUCUGGAUUCUUCUGACGAGGGACUGAAGAAGCAUCUUGUCUUGUCAAAGGCGUAUGGGUACCAGUGUGCACGGUAUAGAGAUGAAGGUGUGGAUUUUAACAUCCAUGAGUAUACGUCUACCGCGUCGAUUGCAAGAGAUAUGCUACGAUUGGUGGAUGAGACGGAGGCAUUAAGGCAGAAGAAGCUCGAAGUGCGGACAGCGGCUCAAGUGCCUUUGGGUGGUGGCAACAAGGAGCCUAGAUUAAUGUACUACGGGACCUCGUACGGGACGAUAUUAGGAAAUACGUUUCUGUCCAUGUUUCCGGGGCGAGUGCGGAGAAUGAUGCUAGAUGGUGUGGUCGUGCCAGAAAGCUGGAUUGAUGUUGACUGGAGCGGCAAUUUCAGAGAUACCGAAAAUGCAAACGACUACCUCUACCAGACGUGUUUCAAUGCCAAAUCAAACUGUACCCUUCGGAAAGAUACCGAUAAAUCUUGGCACGACAUCCAACGCCGCGUCGACGAACUGAUUGAGCGUCUCAAUGCGGAUCCUGUACCUGGGCCAACUGACAAUGGACCUGAAAUCUUCAUCACCGGCUCAGAUAUAAUGGGUCUCAUCUUUUCGCAGCUCUACUCGCCAUUGGACUUCUUCGAGGGUCUCUCUACUACACUUGCGCAAGCCAUCGACGGGAACUACACACGCGUUAUUCGGAGCCUUGUGCCACCCACACCUGCAAAGAAUGGUGAGGACGAAGAGCCUGCAGACGGGAUAAUCCGCUGGUUCACAUGGAUGUCCUCGACAUUUGCGUCCAUUGCGUGUGCCGACGCCAACGACACGACUGGCCAGCCCCUCCAACACUGGAAACGUCUCCUUCAACGACUGGAGAAUCAGUAUCCGAAACUAGGCGCCAUGACGGCAUCGACGUCAAUCCUGUGCUCUGGUUGGCAGUCACAUCCCAAGUAUCGCUUCACCGGACCGUUUACGUCUCCUGAGCCGGAUGAGAGGGAGGUUGAGGGGCGGCCGUCUGCUCCGCUGCUGCUGCUGUCGAGUUUAUAUGAUCCUAUUACGCCGUUGGCUAGUGCGCGGACUGUUGCGAAGGGUCAUCCGGGGGCGAGGGUGGUGAUGCAGAGAGGUGUAGGGCACUGCACCUUGCUGGCUGGGCCGAGUAAUUGUACGAGGGGGGUGAUGAGGGCGUAUAUGGCGACGGGGGAUGUUCCUGCGGAGGGGACGGUUUGUGAGGGCGAUUAUUAG